AUGUCAAAUUCUCGAAAACGUCCUGGGACACCAUCUAGGCGAGGUGGUAAACGGAUGGAUGACAAAGAGAAUGUGGAAGUAGUUUGUCGUUUAAGUCCGUACAGCGGUGGUAAUCCUUGUGUGAUAGCAAUUGAUGAUGAAAAUGUCAAGUUUGUGCAACCAGCUUCUAUUCAGUCCAGAAAUGGAAUAUCUCCGGUAGAAGCAACUUACAAGUUUUCUUAUGUGUUUGACGAUAGUGAUAGUCAGAAGAUGGUUUUCGAGCGUACAGCUCUAGAUUUGAUAGAGAAUUUAAUUCGUGGAAAGAAUGCGUUGCUUUUUACUUAUGGAGUAACUGGAAGUGGCAAAACUUACACAAUGACUGGAAAUACUGAUGAAGACUCAAUUGGAAUCCUUCCACGUACUUUAGAUGUUAUAUUUAAUUCCCUGAUCAAUCGUGCAGAUAAAUGCAUUUUCAAAUCUGAUGGACGGAAUGGAUUUACAGUGCUUAAUGAAUUUGAAGCUGCGAUUGCCCGACGUCGUCUAGAGCUUGAGCGUUCGGAUAGUGGUAUAGAAUUGACGAAUCGUUAUGUGGAAAGACGAAGAGUCAGUGGUGCAAAUCCAGAUGUAGUUUGCGCGGUUUUUGUAUCCUACAUCGAAAUCUACAAUGAGAUUUGUUAUGAUCUUUUAGAACAAGCAACUUUAAAACAGGAUGGUACCAAAACUUUAUGUAGUAAAGAUAUCAAAAUGGCUAGCAAUAGUAUGUUUUAUGUGGGUAACGUUACUGAAAUUGAAGUUGAUUCGAGUGAUGAAGCCUUGGAACAGUUUUAUCGAGGACAAGAAAGACGCCGUGUCGGUGAUACACUGUUGAAUAAGCAAAGCAGUCGUUCGCAUUCCAUAUUUAAUAUUCGUGUAGCUAUGGCACCCUCUCGUCCAGAUUCAUAUUUCCCUGAUGCUGAUCCUGCUAAGAUCCAUGUUAGCCAGUUGUCAUUAGUUGAUCUAGCCGGGUCAGAACGAACAAAGAGAACAGGCAAUGAAGGAGCACGUCUUGUUGAGAGCAGCAAAAUAAAUCAAGGCCUCUCGGUUCUUCGACAAUGUUUUGAAAAGUUACGGAACAAUCAGUUACGUGACAAGGCAGUUACAGUUUCUUAUAGAGAAUCUAAAAUAACUCAUUUGUUCAAGAAUUUUUUCGAAGGCACUGGGAAAGUCCGUAUGAUUAUUUGCAUAAAUCCAAGACCAGAAGAUUUUAAUGAAAAUCAGGGAGUAUUGAAUUUUGCUGAACUGUCACAAGACAUUGUUGUUUCGGAGGGAAAUGAGGUUUUACCACCAGCUGCAACCGGUUUUCCCAUUAGUCGUCGCAAUUUUUUGAAAUGGCUGAAUGAAUUGGGACCUUUGCCCAUUCAGGAGAACAAUUCGUUAUCGUUACCACCUCCACCACCAUUUAAAAUUUCUGGUCCCGAUGAUGCAGAGUCAAUAAUACGAUUACGUGAUUAUUAUCAGAAUGUUGGGCAACAGCAAGAUGCUUUAAGAAAUAUAUUUGGCCAUAAAAUAGCAGAAAUUGAGCAACAUUUACAACGUGCUUUGUGUACGAUUGAUUUGCAAGAAUUGCGAAUUCAAGAAUUAGAAACAGAAAAAGAUGAAACUGAAUAUUUGCUGACGACAUUAACAUCUAAACUGAAACAAACACGCCGCGAAAAUAUGAUUUUACGUCAGCAGUUAGAGCGUUGUGAGCUGAAAGAAAACGACAAGCUAAGUCAAGAGGAAGAACAUAGGCGACGUGAAAAGUUGUAUCAAGAACAACUUCGCAAAAAAGAAAAAACACUGCAUCAGGUGACUGCUUCUUUCAAAGUUCGGGAGAUAUGCGAAAGGCCGUAUACUUCUAUAAUAAAACGCUUCAAGAGUAUUGAGAAUAUUCAUGAUGUUACUGUGAAAGAUGAUAGUGCUUUAUGUAAUGAUAACAAGGUGAUUGUACAAAAUAUCGAACCGCUCACCCCUCAUCGUGUUGCGCUGGCAAGACAGAAAUGGGAAGCACGAACUGCAAAUCAAAAUACUACAACAAAAACACGAACUGGCUAUUACAAUCCUCGGUUUCAUAGGCGAUCUAAGAGUGCCAACUGUAAAAUUAUUGAUCAUCAACCUCGGACUCGCAUUCCAGAAGGGACAAUUUUGCAGCCGCGAUUGCCGAGAUCCUCGAAAACAGUGAACAGAGUAGGUGCUAAUGAUCUGAAGAAAUAUUCUGAUUAUGUUUUGACGCAUCAGGAGCUUGAUCAAAAGGGCAACCUGACUACGCAAGUUGUGAAAGGUGAGUGCAUUCCAACCGUUGGAGGAGGCACAGCAGUACGUUUCAAUGAUGUCGAACGAUUGUCUCAUGAAUCACCAAGAAUUUAA